UAUUUAUCGGAAAAACGAGAGGAGGACUUUUCGCCCUUUUCGUUCUAUUUCCGUUCCAAAUUUUCACAGAUUUCGAUUCCGAUCGGCCUCCAAUCGCCCCCUCGAACGCCAUAAUUGACGCCCUAUUCGAUCUCCCCUUGUUCCUCUCCUCCGAUUGGUACUGAUUUCGUCCCUAGUUCGAAUCACGCGAUAAUUUCUAGGGUUUGCGUUUCCGUUGGCCGAUCGGGUCUCGAUUUCUCCUCGAUCUUCGAAUCGGUUUCGUCAUUAGGUUGUAUGAUUAGGUUUCUAUGUUUCCCCCAACUUGAUUUUGCAGGAUAGGUUUCUUGGUCGGUAAGAUCUGAAUCUAGGGUUAUCCUUUCUAGGGUUUGGGUUUCUGUCGUUAAUCUGCUCUCGAAUUCUUCUCGAUCUUCUAAUCGGUUUCGUCAAUAGGUUGUUUGGAUAGGUCCCUAUCUUUGCCCCAUAUUGAUUUUUCAUAAAACGCUUGUUGAAUUGUGAGAUCUAAAUCUUAGUUUAGAGUUUGCUUCGGGUAGCGAACCGUAGUGGUUAUAUCUUCACUCAUCUCCUAGAAUUUUAUGUAAAUUUAUUUCCUUUUGGAUUUUCAAGGUCUCCCCUUUAGUGAUUCAAUCUUAUUAUUACGAUUCAGGAUCUCGGCCAGGUCUCUUCAUUCAGGAAUAGGAACUUCUUCAUUUGACUUAUUACUUUGGUUAAAUCUCAUCCCCCUCAGCUUGCUUAUCUGUUGAGACACAUCCUCAUUUUAUCAGAAUUGUUUUAUCAUUCUAAUUGUGGUAGUAUAUUCCACUUCAAGCUGAAGCGCACGAGCUCGUUUGCUGGAUUUCUCAUUAAUGUUCUGCAGGAUAAAAUGGUUUUUGUUCAUGAUGAUAAUUGUUUUCCCAACGAAUUUGCUUGUCUAAGUGAAAGACAUCUUGCUUGUGAUGAUCAAAUUACACCAUAUUCUGAAGAUUAUGUGUAUGGAUUUGCGUCUGCUGAGGGGCUAGCAUCAGGCAAUACGAAUGAAGUUGCUUUAUCGGAUAAGGACAAAAAGCGUCCUUCAGAUAGUGAGUCUUGUUUACAAGCAAGCAAGCGUCUAAAACAAGUCGAUCAGCAUUUGCAAUCGAGUUCUUUUGAAGAAAUUUGCACCAGUGCCGCCCAGUUAUCUCCAGGUGUUUUUGACGAUUCAAAGGAUCAUCAGCUGCUGAUUGUUGAUUCGGAGGAAUUUCCUACUGAAUUAAAGAGCCAUUGCUUUGCUCAAGAGUUGCCUGUCAGGCUACCUUUCUGUCUGGGUUCUUCUGGAUAUGGCUGUCGAGCAUCUGACUUUGAUCGCUCUGAAGAGAUACUUUUGCCUCUUUAUUAUGGAUUCAGUCGGAAGCGUGUUGCUAUUGGUGGCAAUCAUCAGGCUGAUAUUCCAGCGUGGCGGCCUUGUGAAUUGAAGAAUCGAUCGAGGGAUUCUGAAUGUGCUUCUCAUUGGAACUCGAUCACAACUUCUUCAUACCAUAAUUUUGAAACCGACAGCAACAAAUGGCUUGGGACACAGGUAAUGCCUAUGCCAGAAUCUUCUCUGCUUGCCUUAGACGACCCAGCCUUGCAUCACAAGGUCGAUUGUAGUUGUAUAGAUGAUGGUUCGAUCAGAUGUGUGAGGCAGCAUGUUACAAGAUCAAGAGAAAUGAUCAAACAAGACAUAGGUCUGGAAAGAUUUGAACAGUUGGGUUUUGGCAAUAUGGGUGAGGUGGUGGCUCAAAGUUGGACCGAAGAGGAGGAGCAACUUUUUGCUGAAAUUGUGUCUUUGAAUCCUGCCUCACUGGGCAACAACUUUUGGAAUAAAAUGCCUCUAUUUUUUCCUGAUAAAAGUAGCAAAGAGGUAGUCAGCUACUACUUCAAUGUAUUCAUGCUCAGAAGGCGAGCUGUCCAGAAUAGGUUGGACCCACUGCACGUUGACAGCGAUAACGAAGAAUUGCAAGAAAAUGACGACGGUGAAUUUGUAUCAGAAGAAGAUUCUGUGGAGUCACCUGUUUCAGCUGAAGAAGAUGAUGUUGCCGAUGAUGAAGACCUUGAUGAAAUGGAAACAAUCGAGGAAGUUGACUGCGCGGAGAAUCACCGCUGUUACAAGCAUACAUAUGAUGAGAAAUAUUCCUGUGGUGAUGCGGAAGGAUACAUCGAUGCAGAAGAAUCGACUUUUGCAUCUGGUACGCAACUCGCCGGGAGCAAGUUGCCCCCAUCUGCGGAUUACGAUAUCCAGGAUGAAUCUUGCACAUCGUUUGAAGGCCCACACAACGGGAUUGGUUUCGAGGACCCUAUUGGUAGUUUUCCAUUAGAAGAUGUGAACUUGGUUUACAAAGACGACCAGACCGAUGGGUUUUUGAACGGUCAUGGCGACCUUCAAGCUUGGGACAAGAGCUAUAGCAGUGGUGGAUCAGAGAAAGAUGAGUUCUUAUCGACAGUUCAUGUGAUUGAGGAGGUAUUUGGCAAAGAGGACAUAUGAGAAAUGAGAAUUAGAUCCCGUCUCUCAUGGUUCGAGCGAGUAACAAUUGAAUUCCUCUUCGUCGCAAUGUAGUCAUCAUUGCGGUUGAGUUAAAUAUUUAGCGAUUAAAAGGUUGUAAAUGAACUUAAUGUUUGUGAAUAACUUUUAUGUUAUUUAUCAAAGUUGGAUAGAGUAGAAAUAAAAAUUAAACAAAUUUAUUUGUAAAAUAGAAUAGUUUGAAUAAUAUAAUAAUUUAGGCCA